ACGUUGUGAAAUCUAGUAAGUGUUUUUAAAUUAAACAAAGACAAUGGGUCCUGCAAAUGUAUCACAGUCAGAUAUAAGCAUAGACGAUGAAGCAGAAAUACUGGCACUUGAAAAACUGCUGGGCGAAGCUGAAAACGAUAAUGCGGAGAAUGCAAAGUCAGCACCGGCACCGCCGCCACCCACUUUGGCCACUGCAGUGCCCCGAUUACGCGAAGACAGUAGCUUCGCAGACGCCUUCAGCUAUGAGGUGACCGUGAAGCCAACACAGACAAAAGCACAGCCAAAACUCAAAUCCAAUGAGCCGGAACUCGAUUCAUCUGACGACGAAGAGGUCAAGAACUUCUUGGAGCGCAAGUAUAAUGAAUAUGGCAGUGAUAUCAAUAAAAAACUCAAACAGCAACGUGAAAGUGCACAUGAGAGCAAAGUGGCUCGCGAGGUGGAUCAGUCGUUGAGAGCAGGUGUAAAACUGGUCGAUUCAACGGCACAGCCGGAGGCUCUGCGUCUUAAAAACCCGCACAAUCCCAUCCAGCGUAAGGCGCUAGCGAGCAACUCUUUCCAAAGACCACCGCAGGCAGCAGCGGCAGCCGCAACCUCGGGCCAAUCCCUACAAAAGACUACGAUCUCGGCUAUUUAUACAGAUCCCGUGUUUGGGCUGCGCAUGAUCAAUCCGUUGAUAUCCAGCACCUUGUUGCAGGAGCGCAUGGACGGCCGCAAGUCGGUGCCUUUUUCGGGUCUAGCAUUUCACAUAGAACGCGGCGAUUUGUCCAAGGAUUGGGUCAUUGCCGGCGCCUUGGUGUCCAAGCAGCCGGUGCGCAAUACUAAAAAAGGUGAUCCCUACUCCACGUGGCGUCUAUCAGAUCUGCGCGGUGAAAUGAAAACAGCCUCCAUUUUCCUCUUCAAAGAGGCGCACAAAGCGCUGUGGAAAACCGCAGAGGGCAUGUGUCUGGCCGUCCUAAAUCCAACGAUCUUUGAGAAGCGUGCGGGCAGCAACGAUGUCGCCUGCCUGUCCAUUGAUACCUCACAGAAGGUGAUGAUACUGGGCCAGUCCAAGGAUUUGGGCACAUGCCGGGCAACCAAAAAGAAUGGCGACAAGUGCACAUCCUUGGUGAAUCUAACCGACUGCGAUUACUGUGUGUUCCAUGUGAAGCAGGAGUUUGGCAAAAUGUCCAGGCGGUCCGAGCUGCAAUCGGCCACUACCGGACGCGGUCUAAACGAGCUACGCAACAAGGUGUUGGGCAAGAGCGAGGUUUUCUAUGGUGGACAGAGUUUCUCAGCGGUGCCAGCACGCAAGAGCGCCAAGCUAAUCAACAAGGAGCGCGAGCGUCUCAGCAAGCUGGCCGGCUACGAUGUGUCGCCCUUUUCGCACAGCGUUGAUCACGAAUCAAAGCCGAGAAGCUGCCUGCCCGUAGAUGUGCCUUAUGCGGAGCGCGGCGGGCCCGUUUCUCGCCUGGCAGGCAUUGUGGAGGCCACCAGCAAGCAGCGCUAUAAGGAUCUAGAGCGUCUGCGCCAACUGCGAGCAGAAAGUGAUCGUUUUGAACAGGCACCGGCAAUGUCUCAAGCCACGCCUGCAACACCCACAACGCCCACGACGAAGGAAGCUGCCACGCCCACGACACCACAAAGCGUGCCGGAGAAGUUUAAGAAUCGCGGCUUCUCCUUCGAUGCCAGCCUAACGCCCAAGCUCGCCGGCAGCGAGAAUUUCAGCUUCGAGGUAAACAUUGGAGCCCGCCAGGCGCAGAGCGCAAAACUGAAAGCAGCUGCGCUGCUCAAGAAGAAGCCGUUGGAGAAGGUCAAUCCGAAUUCAACGCGCGGCACCGCAACGGGCAAACGGCGUGCCAUCGAUGAGCUGCACGACAAGUUCUCCACCAGUGGGAAGCGUCAAAAACUGGAGGAGGAGGAACGCGAAAUAAUGCGUAAAUCUCGCAUAGAACGCAUCAUGGCCGCCACUUCGUCGCACACAAAUCUAGUCGAGCUGCGCGAACGGGAGGCCCAAAGCGACUACUUCGACAAGCUGGAGCGCAAAGAGGCCAUGGAGGAGAAAAUGCUAAGCACAUAUAAAAUGCCCUGCAAGGCAGUCAUCUGCCAGCGCUGCAAAUACACCGCAUUUGCGGCCGCCGAGCGUUGCAAAGAGGAGAAGCAUCCACUCAAAGUGGUCGAUGCACAAAAGCGUUUCUUUCAGUGCAAGGAUUGCGGUAAUCGCACUACCACCGUUUUUAAACUGCCCAAGCAUAGCUGCAGCAGCUGCAAGGGUUCACGCUGGGAGCGCACUGCCAUGAUACGCGAGCGCAAGGUUUGCACUGGCCGGGAGGCGCUAUCGGUGCGCGGCGAUGAGGAAACCUUUCUGGGCAGCGUGGCAAGCGCGGCGAGUCUAAAUUUGCUGGUGCCCGAGGAGGAAUAG